AUGAAAGCUGGUGAUGUAGAAAAAGCUUCAGAGGUAUUGAAGAAAUGCGAGCACCUAAGUAAGGGGAAAAAUGCAAGGCUUGCUAAUGAAUUCAUGCUUUCCCUCUAUGCUAGUAUGGGAAAGAAAAAUGAUGUGUUUCGUAUAUGGAGUAAAAUAAAGAAUAAUGGCAAGGUCUACAGUUCAAGUUAUCAUUCCAUGAUAAGUGGACUGGAAAAGUUAGAUGAUAUUGAUAGUGUAGAGAAGAUAUUUGCGGAGUGGGAAGAAAAUCAUGUAUAUUUUGACAUCAGAGUUCCGAAUUUUCUCAUAGCAAUUUACUGCAGAAAGAGUCAUUUGGAUAAGGCUGAAUCCAUUAUAGAAAGACUCUAUCAGAGUGGUAAGAGGCCAAACUAUAGGACAUGGGAUCAUCUGGCACUAGGAUAUUGUUCAAACGAUCAGAUGGAGAAGGCAGUUGAAACAUUGAAGAAAGCAAUCUUGGCAAGUGUGCCACAGUGGAAGCCACUCAUUCGCAGUUGGGCUUCCUGUGUUAAUUACUUGCAGUCGAAUGGAGAGGCUAAAAGAGAAAAAGAGAUUAAAAGAUUGCUCGAGGAGCGAGGCAUCUUUGCAAAAGGGUAUGAAAAGUUGGAAAACUACAUUAGAAAUGGAAAAUAUGGGUCCGAAGAAUUCAAUGAAACGGAAGAACAACUUGAAGAGACUGGAUGA